CAGUGCAGAGGUAUCCUGCAUUACACUGGGAUUGUUAUGCUAGAUAUGUCAGCCUACAAAGGACAUCUUUCUCCUCUUUAAAAUCAUCUCCAAAAUGUCUUUUCCCAACAGCUCACCCGCUGCUAAUACUUUUUUAGUAGAUUCUUUAAUCAGUGCUUGCAGAAGUGACAGCUUUUAUUCCAGCAGCAGCAUGUACAUGCCAUCCAGCACAGAAAUGGGAACUUAUGGGAUGCAAACCUGUGGACUUCUACCGUCACUCGGUAAAAGGGGAGAAGUUAACCAUCAAAACAUGGGCGUUAAUGUUCAUUCUUAUAUACCUCAAAUAGACACUUGGGUAGAUCCGACCAGAACGUCUAGAGUUGAGCAACCAGCAGCUCAGCAGAUGUCCACAUGCACGUUUACAACUAACAUUAAAGAAGAAAGUAAUUGCUGCAUGUAUUCUGACAAGAGAUCAAAGGUCAGCGCUUCAGAAAUUCCCGCCUACCCGAAUCUGAUUCCCGAAUCCUGUUCUAUUGAUAAUCCCGAAAUACCCGUUCCGGGAUAUUUCAGACUAAGUCAGACCUACGCCUCUGGAAAAAACCAAGAGUUCACUAACGCGGCCGAAACGAGUUCGAAUACAAUUCUGCAGCUGAAUCGAAUCAAUCCCAAAUUGCAUCUGUUUCCUCACUCUGAUGCGGAAAAGAAAAUUAACGAAAAUCCAAGUCACAGAGAUUUAGCCAAGACACCCCCUUCGAUAGAAAGUCCAGAUUUAAAGACGAGUUUACCAGAAGACAAGAGCUGCUCUGCUGAUGCGUCUGCGUCGAGCCCCGAAACAGCAGACAAGGACCCGAAAGAGAGUAAAACCGAUGAACCGACGAGCAACUGGUUGACUGCAAAGAGCGGUAGGAAAAAACGAUGUCCUUACACCAAACACCAAACUCUGGAAUUGGAAAAAGAGUUUUUAUUCAACAUGUACCUUACCCGAGAGCGCCGUCUAGAGAUCAGCAAAAGCGUGAACCUCACCGACAGACAGGUCAAGAUUUGGUUUCAAAAUCGCAGGAUGAAGCUCAAGAAGAUGAGCCGAGAGAACAGAAUCCGAGAACUGACCGCUAAUCUGACCUUUUCGUGAGUUUGAACUCGGCCAUUUCCAAAAAUCUUGAUGGACAUCAUGUGUUCUUAGAUGCACUGGGGACUUUAAAAAUGGAUUUUCUUUUUCAUAUUGGGAUAUCUCAACUGUCAUUUGCCACUUUCCCGUCCGUCUUCUUUUCAAGCAGACUUUAAAAGUAAACUGUGUAAUAGCUGAAAUGUGUUUCACACAGGGUAUGUGACGACUGACCUUUACUGUCUUGUCUUCAGUUAUUGAAAUGUAGUAGCACAUAUAACGGGAUUUGUACUCUUAUGUUCUUCUUCAUUUUGGGCACAGUAAUGUUACCCAGCUGUACUAUAAGAUAAGAGCUUCAAGUUUCAUAUA